AUGUUCUCAACCUACUUUUGGCUCGUGUAUCUUGUUCUUCCGGGCUACUUGCUUUACCAUGGAGGCCGCAUGUUACUUAUCUACGUCUUCACGUCAAGUCCAUCCACAGAUGAGGAUGAAAACGACCCGGCCGCUCUGAAGAAGAAGGAAAAGGCAAAGCGCAAAGCUGCGCAGCCGAAAUACAAGAACAGCCGUCGAUAA